AUGGCCGGCGGAAAGAAAAAGUCUGACUCAGGUUCAUCGGAAGCCAUUCCCGAGGGCGACUAUGAGAAAGGAAAAAAGGUUGGUCAAUUCGUGACAUUGAGAGAACUUUUCUCAGCUUUUUGUAUUACAGCUGAUCAGUUGAACAUUGUGUACUUAAAAAAUGGAAAAUACGGCAAAAUGAAGUUGAAAACCAAACACACUCAAAUCUAAAAGGCAGUAUUGGUACUAAUAAACUAUUUUUUCCCAGAAAAUGUGUUAACAAAGGAUUGUAAAGUUUUCAAUUAAUUCGAUAAUUUUGAACAAUCUCCACAUUCAAAUCUCUUCUUUCUUGUUUUAAUGACUAACGAAAACAUAUGAGCUUUAGGUGUUCAAGCAGCGAUGCGCCCAAUGUCACGUCAUCGACUCGCUCCAGACGAAGACAGGUCCGACGCUGAACGGCGUCGUCGGCAGGACGAGCGGCACGGUCGCUGGAUUCGACUACUCUCCCGCCAACAAGACCAAGGGCGUCGUCUGGGAGCGCCAGACGCUUUUCGAGUACCUCGCCGACCCCAAGAAGUACAUUCCUGGCACUAAGGUCAGUUUUUAGUCUAAUUGAGCAUCAAAAAAGAAGCGAAUGUCGUGCUGAUACGUGUUUUAAAAACUGACAACUUAGCGACAGACCUAUCUUCAUAGGUUUUCCUCUUGACGUAAAAAAUUUUUCUAGAAUUUUUUUGUAAAUAUUGAAGAGAAAAGGAAGAGAACCUUGAUCAAUAGAAUAGGUUUGAUGAAGAUGAUAAGAUGUAAUUAUUGUUAUUUAUCGAUGUGAGAAUGUUGGUUCGAAUAAUUCGAACCAACUUCACAUUAAAAAGCCCCCUCGGAGUGUUAUCCGUUUGAAGUCAUGGAAUAAACAAUCUCUUUUUCCAUUCUCAUUCUUACAACUUGGAUUUUAUUUCAGAUGGUUUUCGCGGGUCUGAAGAAAGCGAACGAACGCGCCGACCUGAUCAAGUACAUCGAGGUGGAAAGCGCCAAGAAGCCCCAAUGA